CGUCGGUUUUUGAGUGCAAUCUCUCAAUUUCAGCGUUUAGAAUUUGGAAAAUUUCAAACUUUCAAAUAGAGAUUUCAAAAUACUGUAAAUAGUUAGACAAUUGAAGUGUAUUUUAUCAAAUUCCACCGAAUGAUACUCAGAGAAACAAUCUGUUUGAAGUACAAUAACCUAAAUUUAACAAGCCACCAAAUCAAACAAAAUUCGCUUUCGAUUGAGCUGAGACACACAUUGUUGUUGCUGUCAAUUCAAACGUGUCAUUGAUUGUCCACCAUUUGCAACGUGCACCUAAUGUUCAGUCUUGUUUCUGGCAUUUUAUUAAAUAGAUGUUUGAAUUUAAUAGUUUCAAACUAAAUUAGUUUAUUCGCUGCAUCUAACUUACGUAAAUUUUUUUGAUCAUAACAUUGGCAGUACGAUGAAUAACGAAUGGCCACGAAAUAUGCUACAAUUGCUAUCAGUUGCGGCUUUUAUAACAUUCAUACUUUUUGGCGGCAUUGCAUUUACAACUGCGAUUAUUUUACUGCUUAUUUAUGGAAAUAUUUACUGGCAAAUUUUGUGUAUUUCAUAUUUGAUAUUUUUUUAUAUUGAUUUCGAAACGCCAAGUAAGGGCGGCCGAGGCGUGGGAUGUGAGUGGGUACGAAACUGGCGUGUCUGGAAACAUGUUGUCGAUUAUUUUCCAGUUGACUUGGUUAAAACGGCUGAUUUUCCAGCCGAUCGUAAUUAUUUAAUCGCAGCAACACCACAUGGAAUUCUUUGUUUUGGUGCACUUAUCAAUGGCAUGACAAAUUACUCCAAGUGGCGUCGAUUAUUUCCACAAAUUCGAUCGAAAGUAUUAACACUUAGUAUAAAUAUGUUAUUUCCAAUAUUUCGUGAGGCGAUAUUGAGUUGGGGUUUGUCAGACUCAUCCGCUGAGAAUAUAAAUACAUUAUUGUCACAGUCGAAUGAUCCAAUCGAUCCAUCAAAUAGAGAUGGUUUUACGUCAAAUGCUGCAAUUGUCAUGUUUGGUGGAGCACGUGAAGCAUUUUUAAGUGCACCGAAUACGUAUAAAGUAUUUUUGAAUUCUCGCAAAGGAUUCAUUCGAAUGGCAAUACAAAAUGGAGCCAGUCUAGUACCUGCAGUGGCCUUCGGUGAGACAAACGUUUAUGAUACAACGCAAAGUAAAACUGAUUCGUUUGUUCGCAAAAUUCAAGAGAUAAUCAAAAAAUAUACAACAUUAGCGCCAGUCGCAUUCAACGGCCGUGGUAUUUUUCAGCAGAGUUUUGGCUUAAUCCCCCGGCGACGUCCAAUUACAUUAGUUGUUGGUGCGCCGAUUCAUAUAAACCGAAAUCCAGAAUCAAAAGACGUUAGUGAAACCGAAAUCAAUGAUAUGCAUGCAACAUUCCGAAAAAAACUAAUCGAAUUGUUUGAAACUCACAAAUCCAAGUACAUUGAAAACCACGAAAAAAUUCAUUUAGAAAUAGCAUGAUUACAGUUCCAAAAAUGGAAUUUAUAAAAUAGAAUUUCUCAAUUAGUAAUUACUUCAGCGAAUUGUUUUUCAAAAAAAAAAUGUCGGCUCAAAAUAUGUUACUUUAAUUAAAACACGAUCUAUCUAUUGCGAGACCUCCCCAAACGUUGGAUGAAGCAACCUUUAAAUGAGUUCAAACGUACAUCAAUUUCACCUUCUUCAAGCUAAAAGACAAAAUAAUUUUUAUAUACAAAAAACAUUUGUUAAACUAUAGUUUAAAUUUAAAUUAUAACCACCUCAUCGAACUCAUAAAUCUCAUUGUAACACGAAGGCGAUACACAUUCUCGAAUACAACGAACACGAGCUAUUCCGGCCAAUAUUUCACACCUUUUGCUUUGAUCACAAGCCGAUUCAAACUCCCGAUAUGAAAGUUCCUAUAUGUAUAAAUACAUAAAUAUUAUUUUUGUAUAAAAUGAAAUCAAUGUCAAAUAAUGAAUAAAAAACAUAAUUAUAAUAA